AUGCAGUUUCUCUUGAGGAAGCUGUCUGUCUGUUAUUUUCCUUGUGUGUGUGUUCUUUUCUGCACUAGCACUGAACAAGCUGUUCUGAAGCUGCCAAGCAAUGUGACGAUUCCGGCAGUUUUCGCAUUUGGGGAUUCGAUUUUGGAUGCCGGCAACAACGACUAUAUCACAACACUCGUAAAGUGCAAUUUCCCUCCCUAUGGCAGGGAUUUUUUCGGAGGAAGGGCCUCGGGAAGGUUCAGCAAUGGCAAGGUUCCCUCUGAUAUAAUGGUGGAAGAACUGAGAAUCAAACAGCUCUUGCCUGCAUACCUUGAUCCAAACCUGAAAGCAGCAGAUCUUCUCACUGGGGUAAAUUUUGCUUCUGGGGGCGCAGGAUAUGAUUCUCUAACAUCAGAGCUAGUGUCAGCUAUAUCGCUGAGAGAUCAAUUAGACAUGUUCAAACAAUACAAAGUAAAGCUUAAAGAGGUAGUAGGAGAAGCAAGAGCGAGUACCAUUUUAACCAACAGCCUCUUCCUGGUGGUAGCUGGAAGUGAUGACAUUGCAAACACAUAUUUUAGCACUCCCGUCCGAAGAUUGGUUUACGAUAUUCCUUCCUACACCGAUCUUAUGGCCCAUUCUGCUUUCGCUUUCUUGCAGGAACUAUUCGAACUGGGGGCGCGGAGGAUUGGGGUUGUGGGUGUGCCACCGGUGGGGUGUUUGCCGUCACAGAGAACUCUGGCAGGAGGGGCAAAUAGACACUGUGCGGAGCAAUACAACCAAGCAGCCGAGUUAUUCAACACCAAGCUCUUGGCCCUGCUGGAUUUCCUCAACAAAAUCCUUCCCCAAACCAAGGUGGCCUAUGCCGAUGUCUAUAGUCCUAUGCUGGAUAUCAUCCAAAAUCCUCAUAAGUCAGGAUUUGAAGUAGUGAACAGAGGGUGCUGCGGUACGGGUACGUUUGAGGUGGCUUUUAUGUGUAAUGAGCUUGAUGUGUUGACUUGUGCAAAUGUUUCCGAGUAUCUGUUUUGGGACAGCUACCAUCCCACAGAAAGAGCCUACAGGAUAAUCACUCAUCAGUUAGGCCAGCAGCUAAUGGAUGGCCUUUUCUGUGGUGGCAGACCUUGUUAA